AUGGAGGUCCUUCCCACAGGCGGGGGCCGGAUGGGGCGCCCGGAGCCGGGGUCAGGGCCGGAGGACGCGGAGGAGGAAGCGGUUCCCGGAGUGCCCGGAGCCCCGUGCCUGCGAGGGGCGCCGUCGGCGGAGCGGCCUCGGGGCUCUCGGGACUCCUGGGGGGCGGAGGAGGACCCGGAGUCCGGCGAGCCGCGGGACGGCCGGACCAGCCGCACGGCGUCCCUGGUGAGCGGGCUGCUCACCGAGCUGUACAGCUGCGCGGAGGAGGAGGAGGCGGUGGGCGCGGGCCGUGGGCCCGGGGGUCGCCAGCGGCGCCGCGACAGCCUGGACAGCUCAACGGAGGCUUCCGGCUCCGACGUGUUCCUGGGCGGCCGCGGCAGCGCCGGCGACUCGCGCGUGCUGCAGGAGCUGCAGGAGCGGCCGAGCCAGCGGCACCAGAGGCAGUACCUGCGGCAGAAAGACACUAAUGAACUGAAGACAAUCCUUCAAGAGCUAAAGUACAGAAUUGGCAUUCAGUCGGCAAAGUUACUUCGGCAGCUGAAGCAAAAAGACAGGCUUCUGCACAAAGUACAGAGAAACUGUGACAUUGUGACUGCAUGCUUGCAGGCUGUGUCCCAGAAGCGAAGAGUUGAUACAAAGUUGAAGUUCACUCUUGAGCCAUCUUUAGGUCAAAAUGGUUUUCAGCAGUGGUAUGAUGCUCUGAAGGCAGUUGCCAGGCUGUCAACAGGUAUACCAAAGGAAUGGAGGAGAAAGGUUUGGUUGACUUUGGCAGAUCAGUAUUUGCACAGUAUAGCUAUUGAUUGGGACAAAACCAUGCGUUUCACUUUCAACGAAAGGAGUAAUCCUGAUGAUGACUCGAUGGGAAUUCAGAUAGUCAAGGAUCUUCACCGCACAGGCUGCAGUUCCUACUGUGGCCAGGAGGCUGAGCAGGACAGGGUUGUGUUAAAACGGGUCCUGUUGGCCUAUGCCCGAUGGAACAAGAAUGUUGGGUACUGCCAAGGCUUUAACAUCCUGGCUGCUUUAAUUCUGGAAGUAGUGGAAGGCAAUGAAGGGGAUGCACUGAAGAUUAUGAUUUACCUUAUUGAUAAGGUACUUCCUGAAAGCUAUUUUGUCAAUAACCUCCGGGCUCUGUCCGUGGACAUGGCUGUCUUCAGGGAUCUCUUGAGCCUGAAGCUCCCUGAGUUAUCUCAGCACCUGGACACUCUUCAGAGAACUGCGAACAAGGAAAGUGGAGGUGGCUAUGAGCCCCCACUCACGAAUGUCUUCACGAUGCAGUGGUUUCUGACUCUCUUUGCUACGUGCCUCCCUAACCAUACGGUCUUAAAGAUCUGGGAUUCAGUCUUCUUUGAAGGUUCGGAAAUUAUCUUGAGAGUGUCGUUGGCCAUCUGGGCAAAAUUAGGAGAGCAGAUAGAAUGCUGUGAGACAGCAGAUGAAUUCUACAGCACCAUGGGGCGCCUUACCCAGGAGAUGCUAGAGAAUGACCUUCUGGAAAGCCAUGAACUCAUGCAGACUGUUUAUUCUAUGGCCCCAUUCCCUUUCCCACAGUUGGCGGAGUUGAGGGAAAAGUACACCUACAACAUUACACCAUUCCCAGCCACAGUUAAACCCACCUCUGUUUCUGGACGGCAUGGGAAGGUCAGAGACAGUGAUGAGGAGAACGAUCCAGAUGAUGAAGAUGCUAUUGCUACUGCCGUGGGGUGUCUCGGGCCGUUCAGUGGGCUCCUCGCGCCUGAACUGCAGAAGUACCAAAAGCAGAUCAAAGAACCGAAUGAGGAGCAGAGUUUGCGGUCUAACAACAUCGCGGAGCUGAGUCCUGGAGCAAUCAAUUCCUGUCGGAGUGAGUACCACGCGGCCUUCAACAGCAUGAUGAUGGAGCGCAUGACCACGGACAUCAACGCGCUGAAGCAGCAGUAUUCUCGGAUUAAGAAGAAGCAGCAGCAGCAGGUCCACCAGGUGUACAUCCGGGCAGACAAAGGGCCAGUGACCAGCAUUCUCCCGUCUCAGGUAAACAACUCUCCAGUUAUCAACCACCUUCUUUUAGGAAAGAAGAUGAAAAUGUCAAACAGACCUGCCAAGAAUGCCGUCAUCCACAUCCCCGGUCACAUGGGAGGCAAGAUGUCUCCUGUGCCCUACGAAGACCUGAAGACAAAGCUCAAUUCCCCGUGGCGGACUCACAUCCGAGUCCACAAAAAGACCAUGACGAGGACCAGGAGUCAGCUGGGCUGCGGGGACACCGUCGGGCUGAUCGAGGAGCAGAAUGAGGGAUGCAAGACUAGCAGCCUGGGGGCAGCAGAGGCCUCCUCCAGUGGGGCAGCCACCGGAAGGGAGGGAAGCUGCGCUGGAAGGGAGGGCAGCUGCUCCGGAAGCAGCACAGGGCGGACGAUCGAAGGGCGGUCCCCAGAGCCCGCGUUCGGGGAGGCCGAUGCCGACGUAUCUGAGGUCCAGGUGAAGUUAGAAGCCCUGGAACUGAGCCAGAGGGAUGCAGCUGCGGGCCUGGAGCCCAAGGCACACCAGCCCUGCCCACCACCCUUCCCAGAGCGGUCUGAGGCCCCCGGUGAAAACAGAGCCCCCAGCAAGCCUCCCCAGGGCAGCCACCCGAAAGCACCCAUCUUCAGCCCUUUCCCCAGUGUCAAACCGCUGCGGAAGUCAGCCACCGCCAGGAAUUUGGGAUUGUAUGGUCCUACCGAAAGAACCCCCACCGUGCACUUUCCUCACAUGAGCAGGAGCUUCAGCAAAUCGGGGGGUGGAAACAGUGGUACAAAGAAACGGUGAUGGCCCUCGGUAGCUGAAUCUCCGUUCACCUUCUCCCGGCGGCCUAAGGAUUCCAGCUGAAUGGCUCCAAAAGCAUUUUGACUGCCCAGUGAAAACAAGUAGAUAGGUUCAGAGAUGAACACCGGGCCAUGAAACUGGGAACAAGAACUUUGAGAAUGGGAGCUAGAAAGGGUACGUCUUCCCCACCUACCGAUCACGGAUCCAGUGAAUUCUUGUGGCAGAAUAAAUAUCGUAGUUUUAAAGUGUGACGUUUUCCCAAUUUUUCAUUGUGACUUGUUUAGACAAGACUGUGAAUCUGGAUUGUUAACCCCUCUUCCUUCUUCCUGUUCUGAGGACCUGCAGGGGUCCCUGUGACCACCCUCCCCUCAAAUCUUCUGGGGGGUUUCCGACCCCGGAGCACGCACAUGCUAACUUGCUAGAAUAGAAACUGUAAAAAGGAAGUAAGUUUCUUCGUUGCAAAAAAACUUCUCAAUUUCCCUCUUCCGGUCCUACCGAGGGAGUGUGUGUGUGUGUGUGUGU